AUGGCAACGGUGAGUGCCCCCGGUGGAGAAGUCAAGAAUGUCAAAGAACCCUGCCCUACGAUGACACCUCUCCUUCUGAAGAGCCUGGUGGAGGAGCCCAAGAAAAGGGAAGUGUCCAAUCACCUCCUCGAAUCCAAGGUUUAUGCAAAACUGCUGAAGAAUAAGGUCAUAGAGGCGAGGCCUGGCAUUGUACAUUUUGGAGGCUAUCAAGUAGGAAAGCAACACCAGCAAACUCUGCACCUGGUCAACAUUUCCAAUGAAGACACCCAUAUUCAUAUCUUACCUCCGCAGACCAAGUACUUCCAGAUCAGCUAUGUGAAGAAGAACCACCACAUUGUCCCUGGCUUGUCGCUCAAGGUCACCAUUAUGUUUUCUCCAGAUGAGUGGCGUUACUAUUACGACUGCGUCCGCAUUCACUGUAAGGGAGAUGACACUUUGCUUGUUCCCAUCCAUGCCUAUCCUGUCAUGAACUCACUGGACUUUCCCAAAUUCAUAAAUUUAUCCAAUGUUCUGCUGGGCGAAAGCAAAACCUAUGUGAUUCCUCUGCAGUGCAGUUGCCCUGUGGAUUUUGAAUUCCACAUCACCUUGAUUGAGUCGCAUCAGGCCUUUGUGGUUGAGCCAACAAAAGGAAUAAUCCCAGCCAACGGAAAGACGAAUGUGACAGUCAAGUUUACACCCUUUCAGUAUGGAACUGCACAGAUAAAGAUGCAACUGUGGAUCUCAGAGUUCAACUCCCAGCCCUACCAAUGCGUCUUCACCGGAACCUGCUACCCCAACAUGGCCUUGCCAUUAGAAGAGUUUGAACGACUAAACACCCUCUCUAAGAAAGUGAAUGCUCCCCAAGAAAAAGCCAACAUACACAGGCACUUCUGCCGACCCCCAGCCAAGAAACCUCCUCAAAAGAUUAAGGAGAUCGAGUACCAGAACUUGAGGUUUCCAGCUGAUCUAUCAAAUCCCUUUGCCGUGGCCACUGUUUUAAACCAAGAACCAGGAAAACUCAAGAUCAAAGAAUUACGAGAAGUUUUGGACCAAGGCACUGAGAUUUCCAAAACCAGACAGAUGAAGGAGGCGCUGUUUGAACAGAAAGUCAGACAAGACGCUCAUGAGGAAAUGCAGAAUCACCUCAAGUGGCAGGUGCAUCUUGGUAAAGAUCAUAUGUCCUUUAAACUCAGAAAAGACCUUACUGAGGAGCGGCAGAAAGCAUACAACAAGUACAAGCUCGACAGAGGUGACCCUGUCCUGGAUGAGGAGUUUCAACGACUCAAGACGGAAGUGAGCCAGAAGCGUGUAGUGCAUAAUCUGCAAGAGAAACCCAAGGAAUUCCAUCCUGAAUUUGACCCACUCAUUAAUAACACCUGGGUCAACAGAUUCCGGGCACAAAGACGGUUUCAGCAGGCGGCACGCAAGGUGAUGGUUCAGCGACGCCUGUUGGCCAUGCUAGCAGCUAUUCGUGAGAUGGUCACAGAGAGCAUGGUGAGAAAGCUCAAUAAGAAAAAGCAGUCUCUGGAGAAAGACAGGAAUCCCCCCAAGAGCCUGCCGGGCUCGGGCCAGGAUGAUUACUGCAGUCGCUUCUCAGUGUCGCCCCAGCAGGUGCUGCCCUUCGCCUUUCCAUCCUACAGCCCCACUGAGGACUCCAACGAGCUGGCUCCUGAUGGCCUGGGACCAGUUCCAAUUAAGUCCUAUGAGAUUCAAAUCAAGCAGAGUUACUCCUUCUUCAAUCUACAGGUUCCUCAGCUAUACAAAAUCAAGAACUACCAGCCCUUCUCUGUCCACCAGGCUUACACAAGCUACAGGUCACAGAAGCUUGCCCGGCCCCUGAAGCAGGGAGCUGAGGAUGAAGCCACCACUGUCAUAGCCCUUCCCAAGCAGGGCUGCCCAGCCCAGCCCUCCAGCACAGACGCCAUCUUGAGAAUGAAGCCGCCCGAGACCUUGGCCAUGUCUGUGGAGUAUGACCCGCUCUAUGUUUUUAAUCCCAACCCAGGCUUGUUUGCGGUGAUGCACCCUCUGAGCUACACGGAGACGCUGAUAGAUUACCACCUGUGCUGUCACCCCAAGUACAAGGUCACCAAGGAGUUCCACGAAGGCUCCAGCAUUCCUUUCACCCAGAGGCAGUUUCUUCACCAUACGGACAUCAUCCCCGGAGUCAUGCACUGGAAGAAGUUCCAGUCCCCACUGCUGGUCCUCCCCUCCCUGCUGGAUGGGUCUAGGCUGGAGACGACUCAGAGCUCUGAUGCCUUCAACUCGGUGAUGCUCCCUGUGGGCGUGCCCACCGCGCUGGAUGCCUUGCCUGAAGAAGACAGACUAGAGGCCGAAGAACGUGAACUCUGCGAACGCCACAUCGAGAUCAUGCUGACUCCGGAAAUGAUCCAAGCCGAAUUCCCUUUGCUGGACCCCAAGGACAUCAAGAAGGAGAAAGACAUGAAAGAGCAAGCCCUACCCACAGAGAAGCUGGGAGAGAAGGUGCUGGAGGAGAUGAGGAACCUACGGAGCAAAGCCCUCAACACAUACCUGAUUCUGGAGUGA